AUGCUAGUAUUUAGUGCAUAUGAAGGGUCUAAGCGCCAUAAAAAUAUUUUUGUUGAUGCAUCUAGUCCAAAGGAGCAUGACAGAGAACAAAUAUCCAGUGAGCCUGACAAUAUUAAACAUAUUCAGUUAGAAAAUUCAGAUGAGUUGUCUCCAGAAUCUGGGCUUGCUGCUAAAAAGCGAAAAACUGAACACAAUGAAAAUGAAGUAAGUGACUCUAGAUGUUUGAAGACAAGUAACCUCGGUCAUCAGAUAGAAACUGCUGUAGUUGAUGCUGGCAAAAGCAUUCCAAUUAUGAUGGAGAUAAGAGACAAAGAUGUUGAUGGGGGACUUUGUAAGACUUCAGAUUUGUACAGGAGUGACAUAGUGGCAGCUCUUAAAACAUCACAAUCUGAGCCUGCUGUAGAGAAAAGCCUCAACUUAGGAAUGGAAGAAAAUGUCAGAGAUCGUUCACAUUCUAGUAAAAGGAAAAAGGUUACCAAGCUGGCAUCCUGUACGACAGACAAACAGGAAAACAUAUCCGUCACAAAUGCUGCAUCUGAACAACUCAAGGAUGACCAACCGGUCACCAGUCUGUGUAGUAAGAAACGGAAGAAAAGGCGAGAAAGGACUUCAUUAGUACCUUCUGAUGAAGCUGCUAUUCCUGAGUCUACUCCCAUACAGGACAUUGAGAAACAGAAAAUUUUCAAGGGAAAUUUGGAAACUGGCUGCAAGAAUGUGGAUAAGUUAUGUGAUUUGAUGAUAGUUCCCGGAGAGGGAGUUCAGCCUGAGACCUUUCACAGACCUUCUAUUCUCUCUCAGAAAGGAAGCAGUUCUGAUAUUAUAGAUAAAGUGCUGGAAGUAAGCAAGAGCGCCUGUUCACUUGAAGGCAAUGUGGAUGGUAAAAUCAGUAAUGUUGAUCAAACUGCUGAACUUGGAGCAGAUAGUAAAACAUCUUCAAUGCAGCUUCAGGCUGCUGUUAUGGAAGACUCUGCUUCACCUGCAAUUAUAGGGCUCAAUGACAUGAACAAGGUCAGCUCUCAGGUGCAUGAUGAAAACAUUCAUCUUGGUAGUUGGGAUUCUGUCGCUCCUCUGACAGAUGGACAAGGACAAGAGGAUAUUAAACUGAACCAGGAUCGUGAAGUUAUGCCAUCUGAAAGUUGCAAGGCUUUGGAUGAGGGUGAUGCUGACAGAACAAAUGAAGCAUCGACUCUUAUGCCUAAACUGACUGCAACUAGUGAGCCAGUGGGAACAGUAACCUCUGAUGGCACUAAGAGAAAUAAGAAGAAGAGGGCCAAAAAGAAAGCUGCAGCUAUGCAGACUGAUUCUGUUGCGGAGCAAACUAACAUGGCAGGUGCCAAUCCGUCAGAUGGGCCAAAUUUAGAUGUUGCGGAUCAUAUUAUUGACAAGACUGAUAAGGAUGAGUGCACGCUUCGAACAGCAGAAAGUGAUCAAACUAAUAGAGUUGAAGAGGAAAGAGGCUUGUCAGGUAAUGUGGAUACUCUGGAGAAGACAUCUGAAUGCCUUAAACCUAGAGAUUGUGCUGAAGCGGAAGUGCCUACUGAAACAGCUGUUCUUUCAUCUAAUAUAUUGAGAUUCAAUGAGGCAAUGGAUGUUGGUAAUUCUACUGGCAAAAAGAAGAAACGGAAGACGGAAAAAUCUGCUGCAAAAGUUCAGGGUAUAUCAGAGGUGGAGUAUGAUCUCAAUAAUGUUAGUGGUAUUUCUCUCUCUGUACAAGACGUGAAUUUUAGUGAUCAGAUGACUGAUUGUGAUAACAAGAGUGAAAGUCAAAUGCCAGGCAUGGGAUCUGAUCAGAACACUGCAAUUUUGGGAGACAAACAGAUGUCUAUGGAACAGGAAAACAUGAUGUCAUUGCCUUCAGGAUCAGAACCUCAACAUAUGGGUGAGACAGACAUUAACAUCAACCAAUCUACGACUGCAUCCAUCUUGUCAAAGGCACAAGAUGUGAAAUCUGGUAACCGAAGGAAGAAAAAAAGGACGGUAAAGUCUGCCACAAUUAAUCCAGAUGAUUCAGGAAAGGAGCUUGUUGACACAUUAAAUGGCCGUUCAGCUUUCUCUGAUUCACCUGCUAAUAAUGUUGCUGAUGAAACUAAGAACUCUCUUAGUAUUCUGUCUCAAAAUGUGUGGAAAGAUGCAUCAAAAGAUGAAUCAAUGGAUACCUGUGUCUUAGGUGCUCAUAGCGAAGGUGAUAAAGUUAUUCAUUACGAAGCACGCACUGAAGUUGAUUUAUCUCAUGAUGACAGAGGGGACAAUGGUAAAAAUGGGAGGCAAGUUCACAGCAAUAGUAUAAAUUCAGUUGAUAAUGGCAUCAAUGAUCUGCCUGUGGAAAAUCAAACUAAUGAGGUUCAACGUUUGCAACAGAAUCAAUCAGGCAAACCUAAAGAGAAUGACUGCAAUUUGGACGGGAAAACAAAGAAGAAAAAGAAAAAGAAUCAGUUCUCUGCAUCAGAGAAUCUCUCUACUUCAGAAAUCAAAGAGCAAUCUAAUGUUGCUGAAGAAUUAGCAGUUUCUGGUAAUAAAACGAAAGUGAAGGACAUUCCAUCUAGUGCAGCAAAGACAAAUCGAUUGGCUAAAAAAAGAACUGUAAUUCAAUCAACUCCUCCUGUUUUGGAACUGGAGAAGAAUCUUGGUACUGAGUCUUCUCCAAAUCAUGAAUGUGCUCCAGAAGAUGCAAAUCCCUCUCAAGUGCCGUCCAAGGGGAGACCUGAAAGUGAGGUUGAUAACAUUAAAACUGCCAAGUGCAAAGAUGAAGGGAUCAACUUCAGGCAUUACUUUGUGACUGGACAGCACCAGGAUAAAGUUUCUUCAUCUGCCAAGGUGAAACAAAAAUUGACGAAGCCAACGAGUAAACAAGAGAAGCAUAAUGUUGUUGCUGAAAACAAACUGGAGUCAUCUGAAAAUCAUGGACUUCAAUAUAAAUCUGAUGGCAGAAAUAUUGAUGACAAUCGAGUUGAAGAAUCUGCUUCAAGUGGUGAGAAUAACAAAGCUUUGUUUUGUGGCAACAAAAAUACUUUAAAAGCUCCUGAACAUGGAAUAAAAGCUCCAAGUUCUCAUGAAGCUAAGGAAGAUAAAACCCUCAAAAAGGCCUUAAAACCAGUUGUGGUGGAUGGUGCUGGGACCAGUACAAAAACAAGCAAAAGGAAUCAACAAUCAGGGUUUAGUCCCAACAGCAUACCUAAGAGAAACAGUUCUAGUAAAAAUGCUGGGCAUGUUCUAAACAGUUCUGGACAAAAGAAGAGUUCAUUGUUUACACCACGGCUAGUUUUUAGGCUAAACAGCAGUGAGAGUUCAAGUAAUGAAAAUCAGAUUGUAAAUUCAGAUGCGAGUACCCGUGCCCCAUCUGAUAGUUCAUCUUCGUCAGGUUACUCAGUUGGGGAAAGUGAGCUACGCCCUGACUCAAAGAGAAAUGGAUCUGUUAAUGCAACAGGACAAGGUGGUGCUGUUGGAAACAUCUUAGACACAAAGUUUUCUGGCCCUCAACAAAUGAGCAUGGACAUGGUUCUUAGAAGUUCUAGCCGCUUCAAGAAAGCUAAGAUUGCAGCUUCGCAGUCUCAAGCUGGAGAUACUGGAAGUCAGCCGGUUGAUUUUGUCCCAGACAGUCAAGCAAAGCAGUAACUUUGCUCUGCCUUGCUUGCUACUUUUGUGUAUUCAAUCAUGCCAAGGUCAUGGUUUAUGCCCACCUUUCAGGAAUUAAUAGAAGCGUUCCCCCGCCCCCCUUUUUUGUCAAUUCCAAAC